AUGGACAGUAACUCUAGAUAUGGACUGUCGAGUAAAGACGCAUUGAGUAUACUAGUGAACGAGUGUCGAAGGAGUUUAGAAGAGCAUCAAAAUGUGAAUUCUGGACGCCUUCAUGUAAAUGAUGUUGCGAACAAGUUUGUUCAUCAUUACAAGCUCAAUUAUUUAUAUUAUAUACUUGGCUUGGCAUUACUAUUUUCAAUAGGCUCCGUAGACUUAGAGAAUGAAAUCUCUUUUCUACUGCUCGGGUUCUCUGCUAUUCUACUAACAUGCGUCCUAGGAAUUUAUGUUCUACAAACUCAUGAAAAAAAAAAAGAAAAACAGUUUAUGUUGACACGGAUCGAGAAUUUGAUCAACUAUUUACAAAGAUGUUCUGGUACAUUGCAAUACUCAACUUGUAUCGAACCAAUAAUGGACGACACAUGGGGUCAGCAGUGCCUACGUGACGGUAAUAUUGUUAAUGUACCGAAGAUGCUGUUGGUUGAAAAUGAUGUGGUGCUCCUAAGACCUGGACAGAUGGUUCCCUGCAAGUGUCAAUGUGAAGAUGGUAUAAUUUUGGACAGCGGCAUGAAAUACGACCCGCAGGUGGACUGGGAUCCUGAACAUGGUAUAGCCACACCUGUAAAACCUAUAAAAGCUAAACUUUUGGAGACCAUAGUUAUGGAUCAUAUAGAAACUUGUUUGUCAAUAACGUCGCAGCCCAACAUUUUAGAGAGACAGAUUCAUUCUGUCAUGAAUUUAAUGGAGAAAAUAGGAUUCCUGGGGUAUACUCUGAUUGUAGUUGGAGCUGUAACUGUUCGUUAUUUAUAUGGUAAUAGCCAAUCGUUUUUUGGUACCAGGUACAUUUUUUCAAUAAUGUCGUUGAUUCUAUUACCUUUCACGUGCCCCAUGACACCGUUCAUCCUGUACAUAAUACGAAAGUGGAAUAAUUAUGUUGUUUCCCAGAGUUUAGGGGAAGAAAGUUGGGAUUAUAAUCUUAAAGAUUACUUAGUCAUUUUUGGUAAUUUAACCGGGGUUUCUGUCAUAGACAAAAAAGGCGUUCUGUCGCCUAUCAAUCCCAGUCUCGAUAAGGUAGUUGUAUUUCGUGAAACGAGUGCUAAUUCCUCGAUUAUCAUCCCCGAUGUCUUAGACUUAAGCUCUGAACUGGUGAAUGACAAAUGGAGGCUCUACUUCGAUAGUCAAUUGUGGCUCGAAAAGAAGGAGCAUUUGUAUCCACUCGCCCUAAAUUUAUCGUUAAACUCUUGUCAAAACUUGAUCAAGUACCAUCAUUUUCUUGAUCAUCUCAGUUGUGUUGCGAAAGAUGUUCCUAGAACCAUAGUUACAACUAGCAAACGUUGUAUGUGCCAGUUUCCAGAACUUUUAGGGUUCACUGAACAAUCUAUUAAACAGUUUUUUGAUAUAGAGCCACAAUGGAUUGGCUUGUACAAAAGACAACCUGGCGAAGAUCCUGUUCCGGGAUUGAUUAAACACCGGACACCUCUAGAGAUGGCCUUUUGCACAAUACAUACCGAUCUACGAUCAAUCCACUCGCAUGUUAACUGCCAGGGGACUGCUGGAAUAGUUUUAGAUGCUUGCACGCACGUUUGGGAUGGAAAAAAGUUAACACCAAUAAGUGAUAGACUAGUUCGGGUAGUCAAAGAUAUGUAUCAAAGAAAUUCCAUGACGGGGUACUCACUGGUUCUUUCUUAUCGUGCUACUACUUGUAUUAUUGAUGAAUCUUUGAAAGGUAAGUUCGUAGAAGUACCUAUCAACGAAACUCCGUCAGUAGAGCCCAUUGCUUCUGUUCCAAGAUCUCAUAGUUUUGACGAGCUAUUACGCGAUGAGUUUUUUGCACACAGAAAGCUGAAAACAUCGAGUGAGGUAGUGGACAAUGUGUUCUCAGACCAUGUAUUGAAUGGAAUGAUUUUCAUGCAGUAUGAGGCUUUACCUAACAUUGUUCCUUUUGUGGAAUCGUUAGAGAAUAAUUGUGUAAGAUUCGUUUAUUUCUCCAAAGAAAAUGAAUUGAGAAGUAGAAUUUUUGCUGAGAAAAUCGGAUUAGAAGCAGGAUGGAAUUGUCACAUAUCUCUGGCCGAUGAGGAAGAGGAGGAUUGCAGAACACGUAAAGACGUAUAUUUAGCCAGUGUCGGCCGAAAUCGAGACAAAUGGGAUGAUCCUGUCUUCCGGAAGAGAAUUUUACGCAGAAUUUAUGCUUCAAAGAGUGAGAUAGCGUUGAGCUUCUUAGAUUGUGAUAUGAGGAUUUCACCGUCCCGGCAACGAUCGCAUACCACUCCCGAUAAAGUUGGACCUAUGCCUAAUAAAGCACAACUGCCUACCGGUGUAUCUGCUGUUCGUCCACAUUUGGAAGAUGUGGAUAAUGUUCCAUUAUUGGUUGGACUAUUUACAGAUUGUACACCCAUCGUAACAUCUGAAAUGAUAAAUAUUAUGCAGGAGUAUGGAGAAACUGUUUUGCUGAUAGGAUCUGCUCUGAACACGUCCAACAUAGAUGCCUUCGGACAGAGUGAUAUUUCCAUAUCUGUUACUCCUCUAAUAGACUUCAACUGUCAUUUAGUUCGCCCAGUUCUAUCCAACGGUUCACGAUACGCUUGUGACAUAGCUGCGGAUAUUAUGGCUUUAGCUACAGAUUUUCAUCUGAAUCAUGAUCAGAUCUCUAAUCUAACAGAUGUUAUAGUUGGGUGUAGACACCGCUUGGAAUCCAUUAGAGCUUCUCUCCGAUUUUACCUCUAUUGUCACCUCCAACUAUCUAUGCUUCUGUUCCUUUCCACUAUUCUGUUUUUACCUUUGAUGUUCACAACACAACAGGUCUUCUUAACAACAUUCAUUCAUCUACCAGUAUUGUUCUUGGGUACUGUAUGGACACCAUUCAAUCCGAAACAUUCGGUUAUCAAAAUAGCUUCAAAAACGUCGUCGAAUUUAGAUCGCCAACAAAUAAUUUCUGGGAUUGCAACUUUCGGUGUUCAAUUUCUCCCCACAACUUUAUUUUUGAUUUUUCUUUAUUUUUUCGCUCUCGUUCGCAAUUCGACAAUGUUAUGUUCGUUUUCCGAUGCCGUCUGUUCAUUUGGAGAAGAAGCUUUAUUACAUCUGUCAACUCAUGAAAUUCGUCAUUUAUUGGGAUUUUAUAUGGUUCUUUUUACUGGCAUAACUUCGGCGUCAUGGGUUUAUCCAAUGUCUUCGUUCUGGCAUCAAGUUCCUUUUAUCUCAAUGCCUUGGAUGCUUUCAGUUUUGGUUUGUCUUCUUACUCAGGUAAUUUUCUCCUAUCUCAGUGGAGUCUACAUUCAUCGGGUUCUCUCUAUCUAUACUUUGGCCAUUAUUAUUCUCUGGACGCCAGUCAUGAUGGCAUUGAACGAAAUUCAGAAAUAUCGACAUAUAAGGGAUUUUAACAGAGUCCAACGAAGGACGAAGCUGGCCUUUGAUACGAAGUUGGGUAUGAAUUCCCCUUACUGA